AGAGAGGUAGAAAGGGAAUAAAGAUAAAAUAGGUGCGGGCCGGGAGAUCAAGUCAGAGCAUUUCGGUCGGUCCAAACGUAUUUCAGACGGGCUGACCGGACGGAUCCUCCAAAGGCAAGGCGUGGAGUGGAGUAGUAGUACUCCAUUCUAGAAAUCUUCUUCUUCGUCUUCCUCCCGUCCGGCGGCGGCCCGGUCCUCCGUUGGCGCUGGGGGAUCCUUUCUUCCGCAUCAGCCCCCAUCCUGCCUGACUGCUUGUGUGUUGUGUGGCCGAAUUGGGUCACCACUCUCAAGGUUGCUUAACUCCGUUACUUACUGCAGCGCCGCAGUAAGAGAGAGAGAGAGAGAGAGAGAGAGAGAGAUUGCUUCAUGAAUUGGACAACUGUCAUAUUAUGCUACUGAAAGAAACUUAAUUUCAUUUCCAUUUGUGUGCAUCUGUAUCAUCCUUCAUCAGCAUGGCCGGAAGCUCGGAUCAUCGGCCUUUUAACCUGGCAGCAAGAGUCGUAGGAAAGAGACGACGACUCAUACUACCUGCCAAGUUGAAGUCGGCGAUACCCGCCAUUGCUCUGGUUCUGUCGGCGGUGGCCAUUGUUGCUGUCAUAACUCAGCACCACCGGAACAUCACCUACUUCCUCCGGCCGCUGUGGGACACGCCGCCCAAGCCCUUCACCGUCAUCCCGCACUACUACGCCCCCAACACAUCCAUGGCCGAGCUGUGCGCGCUCCACGGCUGGCGCGCCCGCGCCUCCCCUCGCCGGGUCUUCGACGCCGUCCUCUUCAACAACGAGCUGGACAUCCUGGAGAUCCGCUACCGCGAGCUGCUCCCCUACGUCCACAAGCUGGUCAUCCUGGAGGCCAACGCCACCUUCACCGGCAUCCCCAAGCCGCUCUCCUUCGCCGAGAACCUGGAGCGCUUUGCGUUCGCGAGGUCCAAGAUCGUCUACGACAGGCUCCCCGUCGCCACACCGAGACCGGGGUCUCGUCGCCGGGAAGAGCCAUUCGACGUGGAGGCCCGGCACCGGCGCGCGCUGAACGCGCUGCUGCGGCGGUCGGGCGUCGCGGGCGGGGACGUGGUGAUCAUGGCGGACGCGGACGAGAUCCCUGCUUCCGCCGCCGACAUCGCAACUCGUUGUCGCUCACAGCGCCAUCCUUGUCUCCGACGAGGUCCUGGGUCGACCUCGUCGAGGUCGACACUCCUCGCUCCCGCUCGUCACAUCGCCCAUGUCUUCGGCCUCGGAUUUCUAAUGUAUUAUGUCUAGAACCAACAUGUGCGAAUUCAAAAUUCAGGAAAGUUUCAAAUA